AGUGGGACAGGAAGUGUGAGGGAGCGCGAGCGGUUCUUUCAUCGAUGGAUGUUGUCCUAUCGUUAGCAACAAACUUCUGGAAUAAACACCACAGUCAUAAAUGGACAUCAGGAAAUUCUUCAUCCAAAACAGAGGCAGGGAGAGAAGCAGUAAGGAGAGAUGUGGAUAAGGUGGAGGGAGCUAUAUAAGAGCCACCCAUCCACACAGAGCUUCAGAGCGACACAAACCUUCACAGCGAGCAACAGCGAGUUUCCAGCGAUCAUCAGCGACUUAUCAGCAAUUCAUCAGCGGUUUAAUCUUCUAAGUAGGAGCAAUUCAGUGAUGGCAUCUAAGGGACCCAAGGAAACAUUGGCAAGUAAACUAGGAUUUAAAAGCGGUGGCUCCAAGGCCUUGGAAGCGGCGCUUGAGAAACUGAAAAAGGAAAAUGCCCAGUUGAAGAAGACUUUGGAUGAAAUGUCAAAACGACAGGGAAGGCAUCAUCCUGCACCUCCUGAUUCAGAUAAAUCCAAGCUGUUGGAGAGAAUUCUGUCACUGGAGACGCUGAGGGAGAGAAACACCCAGCAGCUGCUGGCUAAAGAACAGGAGCUCUCCAUCAUGAAGCAACAGCUGCGGGCUGAAGGUGGAGAGGUGGUGGCCUCGCUGCAGAACCAGCUGGAUCAGAAAAGGCAGGAGGCAGAACAGAGAGAGAAACUCUUUCAAAACCUUUCACAGGAGACCGAGGACCUGAAAAACAAAUUGCUGGCUGUCACCGAGAAGUGCCAAACACUUGAAAAAUGCAGUACUGACAUGCAGGUUCCUUCAAGUGAGGUUGCCAUGGUCCAGGAGCAACUGCGAGAUGCUCUGGAAAAAAAUCAGCACUGGCUUGUUUAUGACCAGCAAAGAGAGGCCUAUGUUCAGGGGAUUCUGGCCAGAACUGCAGAGCUGGAGCAGCAGUUAAACCAAGCCAAGCAAACACUCCAACAACAGCACAAAGAGGCCAAUUCAGAAGGUCAGUCAUCUGCCUCCAUGCAGCAGGAGAAGCAGCUGCAGGAGAGCCAGAGGGAGAUGGAGGAGGAACGCAAACGGGCGUGCCACCUACAGGCCGAGCUUGACGAGCUGAAGGCCAGGUAUGAAGGGAAGAGCCGCGAAGUGGUGCGAGCCCAGGAGGAGCUGCAAGAGGAGCGCAGAAGUGGCCGACAGAUUCUCGCAGAGGAAAGAAAGCUGAAUAUGGAGCGAGUAGCCAGACUGCAGUGCGAGAUCGACGCAGCUGAUAUAAGGAUCGAGGAGGAAAGGAAGAGAGCGGCCGAGUUGCUACUGCAGGUGAACCUUCUUCAGAAACCUCUCCUGACUCAGCAUGAAGAUCAGAAAAGAAUAGCCGUUUUAGAGCAACAGAUCCAUUUGGUUGCUGGAAACUGUGAGAAUGAGGAACGGGACCGUCAACGUCUUGAGCGCCAGCUCCAUAAAGUACUGAAGGAGCUUCGCAAGGCCCGAGACCAAAUCACACGCUUGGAGACAGCAAAACAGCACCGAGAAACUCGGUUCUCUGAGCCGAGCUCAUACAGGCUGGAUUUGGACAAGAUGACCAUUCAAGACCGCAUCCUGAACCCAACAUCUCCAGUAAAGAGCUCCAGCAUGUUGGAUGAGAGCUUUCUGGAGUGUCCCAACUGCAGGGCCUCGUACCCUACAAGCCAGCACCGAGAGCUCCUUGCACAUCUUGACUACUGCUUUAGUUAAGACUACCAAAAAAAAAAAAAAGAAGAAACAGGAAUGGUUUAGGUCCGUGUACUUUUUUUUUUUUUUGUUCAUUCAUUAUUCUAUUUUGGAAUAAAAGAUGAAAUUAAAAAAAGGGUGCAGCUUGGUGUUUUUAUUUAAAACAAUACAAGCAGAAAUGGCUCUAUUUUGUUUUUGAAAUGUAUUGCCAUCAAAUAGUAGUAUUAGAAAAGUGGACAUUUCUGAUCGUUUUCUUAUUUUGUAAUAUUCAUUUAUUCCUUUAUUGAUUCAAUUCAUUUGACUGAUCCUAUAUUUCACCCGGAAGUAAAUUACACCGCCUGGCUCGUGCUCACUCAUGUCUCACUUAUAGAUCAACCUCCAGCGAGUUCAUGGAUCAUGGAUGCGAUGCAGUACAUGCUCUUCCAAUUGUGCAUCAGAUACCACUCUCGUAAGGUUGUGAGCGUCACAAAACCUCCGUACACUCAUAACAGAACAGCCAUGUCCUGCGCCAAUGUCUUUGAGGUGCUCUGAAAUAUCUGCAUGCGUAGCAUGCCUUCGCAACAUUUUGCAAAUUAAGUCGGAAUAUGCCUCCAAAGACGCCAUGUCAUGCGGAUGAGAAUAAACAAACCAUAACGCUCCCAACCCGCCCACAAGCUUAGGCUUCCAGGUCACCCAAAACCUAAGUUCUAAAUAAACUCAAACGCAAUUCAGAACGGCAUUUUUCAAAAUUGCUUUUUCCCUUUUUCUGCUGUUCAAUGACUCAUUUUCAAUAACUAAAAAUACAUCAAAACAUGGCUCUGGAUUCCAUUUCACAAGUCAUACACAAGUGUAAAAAUUCAUAAACGAGUCCUUUUUCAUUUCUCAUGUGACUUCCAAAAUAGAAUAAUGAAUGAGCGAAAAAGUAGGGGUCGAUAUUAUCAGAAUUUUAUUUUUGUAUUCCAAAGAAGUUUGUGGCAUUUUAGUUUUACUUUAAUCUAUGGUGUGCUGCUUGUUGUUUGGGCUUUUGAGGAUUUACAGAAGUAUUGGCUUUUCAUUUAUGUGAAACAUAUUUAAGGUACAUUUUAAUUUAGCUCUUUUGGGGUAACAUGCUGUAAUGUACCUUUUUGUUCAUAAUGUGUUUGCCUGCUUUGAAUACAUUAAAA